CGGUCCCACGGGCUAAUGUGUCCGCCAGCACUCCUGCAGGAAUGGACGAUGACGCACCAGACGAGGUCCUUGACGAGCUGAGGACCAGGCCCAUUGGAGGAUGGGGCGUCGCUCAGAUAGCUGCUGGCACUGGGCUGGCUGUGUACGCGAUGUGGGUGGUAGUCGUUCAGCCAGGUUUCAGAAAAGUCCCUCUGAGGCUGCAGGUUCCCUACAUCCCAGCCAGCAAAGCUCAAGUAGAUAAUGUCAUGACACUGGUGAGAGGUCGAAAGGGAGGCCUGGUGGAUUUGGGAUCUGGUGACGGUCGCAUUGUCUUGGAAGCCCACCGGCAGGGUUUCAGUCCUGCUGUUGGUUAUGAGCUCAACCCUUGGCUUGUUCGAUUCGCCCGCUUUCAUGCAUGGAGAGCAGGCCAUCAUGAAAAUGUAUCGUAUCGGCGGGAAAAUCUCUGGAAGGUUGACUUGACAGAAUGCAUGAAUAUCACCGUGUUCUUGGCACCCAGCGUGCUUUCAUUAUUGCAGGAGAAGCUGCAGUCUGAGCUUUCUGAUGAUGCCUUAGUUGUGGCCGGACGUUUUCCCUUCCCUGACUGGAAACCCUGCAGGAUUGAGGGCCAGGGUGUGGACAGGGCCUGGGCCUACAGCAUGAAAGCACUAAGACAGCACCCUCUCAGGAAAAAGGACAACCUCACAGUAAUGGAUAGCGACAAUGUUACACACUAACCAAGGAGGAAUUAUUCUCUUGAAGCUACACAACAAAUCUUUUUCCCUCCUGUAACGGCAACGUGGAAUCAUUAAAUAAUAGCUGCCAGGAAGAUGUGAAUAUCCUUUAUUGGAUAAGGGUAACUUUAAGGACAUUUUACAUGAAUACAAGUUCAGACUUUUUGAUGACAUCUGCAACAGGAUGUUUCUGAGAAGCCGUGUAUGCAUAUGCAUGUGCUGCUUUUUUACUCUACUGUUAUACUGAAGUGAAAAAUUGCAAUGAUUUUACAGAAAUUUAUAGAAAUGCUCUGUUCUAUAUUUUUGAUGGCUUGGUUGUCUGAUUUCUACAUUAUCAAAAAUGUCUGAACUCCACUUUUAUACUGGAAAUUCCCAAUUGAGGAUUUCUCUGUAACUAACUGGGAAGGAACAUGCUUUUGAACGUUGUUUUAUCUAUAGUUUUGUGUUUUCAGUGUCCGCUAUAUGCCACUAUGCGUUUAGUGUUUCUUACGACUAAAUAUAAUUAGACAUCUUCAGAGAAUAUUUUGGAAUUCAUGGUGCAGCUUGAUCUAGGAGUAAGAGGAACUAAACAAUGAAAAGCUUCCUGGUGGUUUCGUGGGCAGGUGGACUUUGCCCUUCAUGUUCUGUAAGUGUGAUUGUUAUAUUCUGCAAUAUCACAGACUAACCUUUGAACUAAUGGUGUCCAUAGUAUAUAGUACCUUUGAUGGUAAUUAGUAUUUACGCAUCUGUGAACAUAUUAGUAGAACGCAUUCAUCCUUCUAAAAUGGUAACUAAUUAUCCAAUGUCAGUUUAUUUUUGACUGUAAUAUCUUUGAUUCUCUUGAAUGUAUAGAUUUGUACCAAGCUAUGAUAAUGGCAGCUGUAGGUAACAGCAAAAAUAAUGCAAAAGAUCAUUUCUGUGGUAAAAUGAAUUGAUCUAAUAUAUGAGUGGAUUGUAAAUUAUCAUUCACCAUGUGUUGAAUUUUCAGGUCUUCUGACAUGAAAUAUGGCCUAAAUCCAAGAGGCAUUAGUCCUUUUCAGCGACUAGAAUGUCAUUGUUGGAACUGGCCGCAGACGCAGUUUAUAAGACACCAUUUGAUCAAAACUGCUGCAUUACAUCCGUUAUACAGAAUAACUUGAAAGAACUUAGCUCUGUACACAACUAGUGUUUAAUAUAUGAGAAAAUUCAGUGUGAAGUGAAAAAUGUUGCUUUGUAAAUGGUAUUUGUAUAAUAAGAUGUGAUAAACUUUAUUGAGCACA